AUGGUUAAUAUUUGGAAGUCAUGGUGUGUUCUGGUUACUGCAGUACAUUUGUUCCACAUCACAUCAUCCAAUUUCAGUGUCAAGAAUUUACCAGGUUUUGGGGAUCUUCCAUUCACGUUGAAUACUGGAUACAUUGGUGUUGGAGAAAGAGAACAGGUGCAGCUUUUUUAUUACUUUAUUGAAUCUCAAAGGAGUCCCUUGAAUGACCCACUCCUACUUUGGCUUGUUGGAGGUCCAGGUUGCUCUGCCCAUUCUGCUUUCUUCUAUGAAAAUGGGCCAUUGAUGUUCAAUUAUGAUGCUUUUAAUGGGAGCUUUCCAGAACUUAUAUUGAAUCAAAACACUUGGACAAAGGUUCUCAACAUAUUAUACGUGGAUGCCCCAGUUGGCACAGGAUAUUCUUACUCAAAAACACAAGAAGGCUAUUAUAGCAAUGACAUACAACUGGUAGAACACAUCUACGAAUUUUUACAAAAGUGGAUGGCCGAUCAUGUUAGAUUCAGAUCAAAUCCACUUUACAUUGGUGGUGGUUCAUACUCAGGCAUGGUUGUUGUUCCCCUUGUUCAGAAAGUAUAUGAAGGUAAUUAUUAUAUACUAAGUUUUACAAUAUGUGAUUCCAAUAAUAAUAUUUUAGGCUUUGUGCUUUCAAGUCCAAGAAUUGACUCUUUCAUGGACAAUAACACAAAAGUUGAAUUUGCUUACCAACGGGCACUUAUAUCGAAUGAACUAUAUGAGUCAAUUAAAUCUGGCUGCAAUGGUGAUUAUAUUAAUCGUGAUCCUAACAAUACAAAGUGUAUAUCAGAUUAUGAAGCCUUUUCUGAGCUAGUUCGUUACAUAAAUGAAUUUCAAAUUUUGGAACCAAGUUGUAUGAUUGGAUCGAAGGAGAAUCAAAGAAUUCUUUCUGAAGAGUUCAAAAAUAUCCACCAAACCAAAUUUAGGUGUCGGGAUGACCAAUACGCUGUUGGAGAAUUGUGGGCAAAUGAUCCACUUGUUCGAAAGGCUCUUCACGUUAGAGAGGGAACCAAAGAGUACUUCCAAAGAUGCAAUCGAAGUGAUGCAUAUACAAAGAACGUUCCUAGCGUCGUUGAACACCUUCGAAAUCUCACAAACACAAACCUACGCUCUCUAAUUUACUGCGGUGAUCUUGACUUGUCGACACCGUAUCUUAGUUCACUUUCGAUUGUCAAGUCACUUAAAUUGAAGUUGGAUAAGACUUGGCAUCCUUGGUUCGUUGAUGGCGAAGUGGCAGGAUAUUCAGAGAGCUACCAAAAAAGUGAUUAUCACCUGACAUAUACUAUUGUGAAGGGAGGGUGUCAUGUGGUGCAAGAGAACAAACCUAAAGAGGUGUUUGAGAUGAUUGACCGAUGGUUGUCAUUUUAUGAUAUAUAA